GAGUUAAUGGUGGGUGUAAAAAUGAAACAAAAAGAGGAUUUAAAUAUUUUUAGUUUAUUACUAGAAGAAAGUAGAGACGAAUUUGUGACAAAUAGAGAAGAAACGAGAGAACAGGCUAAGAUACAAAUUUUAAAAGUACAAGAUGAAAAUCGGCGAAAUUAUAACAAAAAACGCAAGGAAAGCCUUAAACAUAAUAUUGGUGACUAUGUAGUAAUCAAGAGAACCCAAUUUGGUACUAAUAUGAAAUUAAAGCAAAGGUAUUUAGGACCUUAUAAAGUUGUUAAAGUCAAUGGCAGAGACCGCUAUGAUGUACUGAAGGUCGAUAUUGCUUCUGAGGGACCUAUGAGGACGUCCACUUCAGCAGACUAUAUGAAGAGGUGGCCAGAGGUUAGUUCUUGAAACUCAUUUACUUACCAAAUUAUUGUAAUUUUCCAAUUAAGUUGAUGGCUGACCUUGUGAGGCAUUAGUAUUAGCUUAUGGUGAAGAUAAAGGAUUAUUUGAUUGUACCUAUUUUAGUACUUAGUUUAUAUUGUAUUUGAUUAUAGGAGUAUAGGUACUGUACCAGUUGUAUUUUUUUCUUUGUGUAUUAUUAUUAUUUUUUGUACUGUGUAAUAUGUUAAAGUUGUGUAACUAUGUUAUAAGAAGGGUCAUGUUUUAAUUUAAGGUGUUUAGUUGUAUUUUCAUUCUAUAUUUUGCUUUAGUGUGUAGUAGGUGUGUAUGAAAAG